UCUAUGGUCUCUAUGGCUGCGGUAGACGCCGAGUAAAUCCAAUCGAGAUAAAUGCGUAUUUCAAGAUAACUCAGGUGGCUUUUUGUGCAAAGCGGCUUCGCUAGCCUAGCUGCUAAAGCUAAGGAGCACACAAAGCUGAACGUAAUGCCGUUUUCACUGAAAUUCCCAUCCAACAUGACGACGGAACAAGAGUAGACGUACAGACGUUCCGAAGUGAUAUUGAAUCAAGAUGUAUCAUAAAGAGAAGAGCAUCCAGAUUAAGAACAGCGCGUCUGCGUUGUACAACAACCUGAGCGUGCUGCGCAUCGCUCCGCGGCGGCUCACCUACUUCACGGUGGUCCACGCCAAUGUGGUCAACAUGGUCAGCGCGUCGUGGGAUGGACUCAACUACUCCCACCGCCAGUUGCAGUCCAAGGAGCCCAACGUAGCCACCAGUCCAUCACUCGUCAUGCAGGCCGCAUUUUGUGUUUUGCCCUCUCGAGACCUGCUUGUGGUGACAUCACAGAAAGGCAUCCAGAUGUAUGAAUCAGAUGGCUCCAUUAUGGUGUAUUGGCAUGCACUGGAUACUCCUGAAACACCGACAGCUCAGGCUGUGUUUGCUCGGGGGAUCGCUGCUGUCUGGGAAAAUUACAUAUGUGUGGGUCUGUCCUCUUGUGGAAUCCUGGUAUUCGAUGUUCCUAAUAAAGGUAGCAAUAUAACCCUGUCAGAGGUGUUGGAGGAACAUAAGGAGCCCAUUACUGACUUGGCUCAAGAGUGCUCUGGCAGCCAGGAGUGCAUCGCCGACCUUGUCAGUGCUGAUGAUGGCGGCACUUUGUGUGUGUGGAAGUCGGGGGAAGAGUUUCAGCUUCUCAACAAGAUUGGUGGAUUUGAUAUGAGCUGCUCAUCCGUGAAGCUGUGGAAAGGUACAGCAGUGGCAGCUUACGGAACAGGCCAGAUCCGUCUUUACGAGGCUGUGACGGGAAUUUUGCAUGCGGAGGUCAACGCCCACGCCCGCUGGAUCUACUCAUUGGAUAUUGCUCCGUUUUCUGGGCUGCUCCUGUCUGCUGCUGAAGAUUCUUUUGUCAGGGUGUGGCUACUGACAGUAACGCCAGAAAGCAACAGUGUUGAGGUUGCCCAUUUACAUAAUGAAUGUGUGACAGACACACAAAUCUGCGGAGCCAAGUUCUGCGACGGAGAUGGCUACGCCUUCGCUGUGACAGGAUAUGAUCUCAACGAGAUUAUAAAAUACACGCAGACAUAGGACUUCAACUGUAUCAUGAUAUAUUAUGGAUACCAAACAGAUGUAAUACAAUAUUUCCGCAUAGCGAUCCGAAUUUAGCGCAGUCAGAAGGGCAGAGGUUCUAGAAGUGAGUGUCAAGUUGCAGGUUUUAUUUUAUUUUUUUUAAAUCCAAUAUGUAUUAUGUUGCAACUUUUGUGGUUGUAGAUGUGCGUUAUCUCAUUAAAAAUGGAUCUAAAUAUCCUUUAUCUGUUUUAAAUGCUCAGUAGAUAGUUUUUAAUGGCAAAUUUUUAAACCAUUUGUGGACUUUAUAAGCCCUAUUCACAGUGAUGUCACUCAAUUUCCGGAUUACUUUUGGGUUAGCGGAGUGUACCUUCAGUAUUCAAUGGUGAUUGUGUGCACUGCUCCAUAAUCCAACAAAAGUAAUUUAAAUUCAAAGGAACAAGUUAACAUGAAUAUUUUUACAUUUGUCUCGAUAAUGUUAUCUGUCUUUUAUGCUUUACCAUUCUGAAAUUAUCGUUAGUUCGCCUGGGAAUUUAUGCUAUAAACUAAUUCUAGUGAUGCCUGUGUGUAUCACAGCCUUAUUUUUCUUGUUAUUAUGAUUAGAUGAAGAAUAAUGAUAGAAUCGUACAAUAAUAGAAAAGUGAUGGAAUCAUCCAAAAUAGCCGUAACAAAGGAUUUCUUGUCAUCAUUUUAGUUAAAAUUUGUGACUGCAUUUCAUACAAUUCUGUUGGUGGCUUUUUACCUUUUUCCAUUCUCAGACCCAUUAUUUAUUUAUGUGACAUUUGAAUCACUUACUAUCAGAAAUACGUUGUGAAGUGAGGCACAGGUAGUUUGCUAGCAUUAUUAGCGUUACUUAGCUUCCGUUUCCACCUAAUCAAGAAGUAUUCAUUGUAGUUAAAUUCGAAAUAUGUAUACAUUUAGCAAGACAACAUAUAGCCUUGUCAUAAAUAGUAUUAAUCUUCAUUAUACCUUUCGAAAUGGAAUGUUUAUGCAUUGUAGACCCUGGUGAUCCAUAUAAACUCUGGUGUUUCACAGAGGGAUACACUCACAUCAGCAAACCCAGAAGAGUAUAUGACGUCAUGUGAAAUACCCCCAUUUUAACUGGGGGGUCUCAUUUUUGAGUGAGGAAUCCAACUGAAAAAAAAAAGUCCACUAGAGGGCAGCAUAAAUUUUGUAAAGAUAAUGGACUAAAAAGUCAAUCACAAUGCUAGUGACUGAGCAUUGGUAGCUUUUUGUAGGAUUUCUUCAUUAAAAACAAACGGAACCUACUCAGUGACAACUACUAACACCAAAGUACAAUCACAAAACACUAGUUGUAAAUAAAUAAAUGCCGGUUUGCUCAUUGUGUGUGAUUGAUGGCUAUAGCUGGAAGUGCUAACAGUGAAUGAUCAUGUUUCACUUCCAUCGAUGGUGAAUAGGGUUGGCCAUAGACUUAAUAAUAUAUAUUAUAGACUUCAUAUUAUAUAUUAUAAAGUCUAAGGGGUGCCAACCGUCCUUUGAAAAAUGGAAUCGUCCCAUAUUCAGAAACAAAAUAUAUAUUAUGAAGUCUAUGGGUUGCUAACCAUCCCUUGAAAUAUGGAAUCAUCCCGUAUUCAGAAACAAAAGUGAGCGUUCCGGGACGCACUUUGUCCUUUAAUAUCAUGUAACUUGUAAAUAGUCUCAUUUGUAGAAUGAACGAAUACUAAAAUUAUGAUUAAUGGGGUCCAGAACCCGCAGCGAUAAGUGAAAAACCGCGAAGUAGCCCCCCCCCUUAAAGAAAAAAAAAAUGUGUUUAAUGUAUUUAUUCAGAUUUAGUAUUGGAAAGAGAUACAUACUUUUUUCCCAAAAGUAUAAUUUUUAAAAAACUUUUAUGUAUUUAUAUAUUUUAAUAACUGGUUUUGAAGCCCUUCAAAUGUAAUAAUUUUAAUUUUUAAACAUGUUACUAUCCCACCAAAUUAUGUUUAAACACUAAUAAAGUAAAAAAAAAAAUGCUUGUCUUUAUUAAAUGCUUCAUUGAGUGAGUCCACUCAAAUUCACUCAAACUGCUCACUUAUGCACAAUGAGUUGCCACAACAACUGUUUAACAAGCUAAACGAUGAUUGACACAUGUGCCGCUGUGAAGUUUCAGCUUCCAAGCGUCCUUGGCAAGAUCAAAACUUACCGUCUGUCAAUCAUCGUUACCUUUAAUAAACAACUCCAGUGCACUGCCUGACCAAGAAAAGCAGCAGGAGGGAAAGUGAGGCUAUGUCUACACUAGGAUGGAUAAUGGCCUUAAACAUGUAAUUAGUUGGAGUAUACGGCAUGUCGGCCACACUAGUAUGCCUAUUAUCCGGAUUAGUUGUUAGACGGAUAAGGUAGGCGGGUAAUGUUACCCACCGCCUACGCGCUGCGUAAUAUGGACUGCUGUCUCUGUACAACAUUCGGAUAUUCAGGAAGGGACAUCAUGCCGUCGCUGUUUUUAGUAUGGCAUGACAGCAUGUAAACAAUGGAGGCACGACGUGGCUUUCCUGCGCUUUUCCACACAUUUUUCUUGAACCUUCAAACUACCUCUCAAUAAUAUGUUUCAAUUCAGUCCCCAUUUGGGGUCCUCCCAUCACAGAUGAGGUGAAGAUGAGCGUUUUUUACAGAGCUCGUUUCCGAGUUGUCUCACAUCACCCAGCUACGGGGUUGGCCCCUCCCAACUCAGUGCCAACCGAACAUAAGUACUGUAUAUAAAAAAGCAUAGAAGAAAAUUAAACCACGAAAAGUGACGUGCGUGGUACCCCCAGUCAAAGAGGCGCGCGAUCAUUUUUUUUUCUGAGACAUUUCUGCCUGUCAAAAUUGUCGCCACUUCCAGGAUCGCCACUUUUAUGCACAAGCAGCCUGGUUGCGGCUUCCAGGAAAUAUACCUAGUGCCACAAUAUAUGCUUCUAUUGGUUAUUCUCCCAAGUGGUGAGAGCGCAACUGAGCAUCGAUUGUAACAUUCCAAGUAAUGAUGUCAGGCUUUCGUUGUUUUAUAAAGGUUUAUUUCAAUCACAACUUGGCUCCUGCUCGAACAAUCCGAGCGUGCUCUCCCUUCCUCUCUCACUCCUGCAUGAUGCGUUCGAUUGCGAUCACGGAAAAAACAGUGAUCACAAACUAAUGACAGUC